AUGCUUAUAACGUUCAAAACGCUUCAACAACAGACUUUUAAGUUAGAAAUCGACGACGCUGCAACGGUAGGUACAAAAUUAACAAAUCUGAAGGGUCUUUCGAUCUGCACUUGAAUUAUCUAUGGAUAAGAGUUACGUCAUGAUCUUUUAACCACCAAAUUCUCCAUCGUGCUACCAAGGAACAUAGACUUUCUUUCAUAUCGUGUAAUGUACGUUUUUGUAUGUGUGUAAAAUUAUGCGAGGAUUUUUCACUUAAAAUGUCCUUCCGGCGUCACGCGUUUAAAAAUUUGUUACAGCCUAAGAAUCAUCUGUAUCACUCCGUUCUUCAAAGCACCUUUAAUUAUAAGUGGUUUUCUGUAUAUCUUCCUCAUUGGCGUCUAAAUUAAAGAGUAUUUAUAUUUUACUUGUUUCUACAUUUGAAUAAAGUUCUAUUUCCAGCGAUUAAAAAUAUCAAAGAUAUAUGGUUCUAAUCUUUAUACGUCUGUAAUCAUCUUCCUAUUUUCACAUGUUUUUGUCGUAACAGUUUAUUUGUUCUCUUUUUAUUUUUGUGUUCCCCAAAUAUUUCAUUAUUAUUUUCAUCGAUUAUAUUUCUCUUUUUUGUUUGAACGAAUAUUUAAUUCCUGUAAAGGAUCUAUUUAAAGAAGUGUUAUUGUUCAGUUAUGUCUUGGCAUGCAUGUACACUGUUUACUGUGUGUAGAAGAUUGUGUAUAGCCUAGAUUACUCUAUCAGCUGAAUGAAAUAACUGGAGACCGCUGAUUAUGAAACAUUAAUUAUGUGGUCAUGAAUGAAGGGUAAAAAACAAGGAUCUGUAAUUCGUAGUAUGAACUGAGAGGGUAAGAGAUAUGCGCUAUAUGACUUUCUAGCUGUGGAACAGGAAAUAAAGGGGGUUGGAAAAGUAAUUUGCUUGCCUUAAAAACUUUGAUUUUAUAUAUAAUUAAGCAAACAAAAGUGCAUUAAAUAGGUUAACAAAAUAUAACUAAACUAAACAUUUGUGGCUUUUUCAUCAAAACAGAUGCACUUGUCUAAAGAAAAGGAACGGUCUUUUCCAUGACUUAUUUUUAACACAUGCAGUAACUUAUGGACUGAAAAUUAUCUUCUUAGAACAAGGAAAGACUUACAAUUUUAGUCAUAUGAUUAAUAAAUUAACUUGUUGACCUUGUGUGGUUAUGUUUUUAGGCCAGGUUCAUGUUUGCUGGUACUUGUAGUAUGUAAAGGUACCAUCCAGGGGCCAAGUUGUUUGAAGCCCGGUGAGUGGUAAUCUUGGAACAAACAGAGCCCACGAGUUGUCAUGGUAAUGAACCCUGGAUUUGCUCUAAUUGUCUGUCAAACAACUUGGCCCUGUUGGUUUUAUUUGACUGCUAGGACCGUGAAGUGUAGGAAAGGUUUGCAAUAAUAAUUAUGUUGUAUCAUAGAAAUGUAAUCAGAUGAAUGCUUGAUAAGGGUCCAUGUCACCAUUCCAACAAAUGUUUUUAAAUUUGCUACAGGUUUCAGACCUGAAAAAUAAACUCGAGUCAGAGAAAGGUGAAGAUGCUUACCCUAAAAGUGCUGUCAAACUUAUAUAUGCUGGUAAGUAGAAUAAAAUAGCACAUUUACAGAAUGAUUUAAACAAACUGUCUUCAUUCUGAGUUCUGUGGCCACUGUCAAAAACCUUAAAAAGAUUGUAUUACGCAAACUUAGUCUAGCGCAAAGGUGAAAAGUAAAUGGAAUUCUUAUAAGGAGAUUUUCCCAAUAAUUUAUAAUUGAUGAGCAAUCAGGUGGGUCAAUCGCAUUAAUUCUGAUGAUCCGUUAUGAAAUCUCAGCAGAUUUUCAACACUCCUUGCACCCCACUUGACUUGUGUGUGACUGUGUUACCCCUUACCUCACUUCAUUCACAAAUUAAGAGUUUGCUUUCUGGCCCAUUUCUGUCUGACUUCUAUAGUGAGUAGUACACAUGUGUUUCCAGUGUUUGAGAGUUGUUCAGCCUCAGUCAACUGCUGUUAUGUGGGAUUCUAUGAGACCUUAUCCUGACUUUGUUACUCUGUUUUAGGAAAAAUAUUGAAUGAUGAUCAGCCGUUAUCAGAGUACAAAAUAGAUGAAAAAGGAUUUGUCGUUGUCAUGGUCACAAAGGUAAAAAACUUUUUUUGCUGCAGUGGAAUUUCUCCUUUGGGACACCUCUUUUGAAAGGACACCUCCAUUCAUGGGACGCAAAAUUUGGUCUGGAGAGAUGCUCACAUAAUCUCUGUAUCUGUUACCUCUGUUGAAGUUCAGGGGAAAGAGCCACUUUUCUGGGUCCCAAAACAUGGACUUAACUGCUAUUCAGGGGACAAAAAAGUUACUGACCACAAAAAGUGUUGAUAAGUUUUAUUGUACAGUAGUCACAAUGACAACAGCUUUAACAACAUGAACACACAGUAUCGCAGAGAUAUAUUAAUCAUGUUUUUUUUUAUAAAUUAUUAUUUUGCUGCCUGAAAUGAUGACUACAGCAGAUUCCGGAGCAGAAUAAAAGAAAAAUAUUUUGUUUGAACAAACCUCAGCCCAACCUCCAUUCAGGGGACACUUUCCUUGGUCCCGAGGGUGUCCCCUGAAUAGAGUUUCCACUGUGGUAGCAGGCCUGUGCACGAGCCGAGCCCGAUGGCCCCUGACGCCCAACUUUUGCCUUUGGGCAACUAGUAAAUCUUAUAUUUUCAUACAAAUGAUAUGCUGGGUAAUCCUAGAUUUUAGAAGCUCAGACCACUAGGUUUCCUUCUUAUUGCUCUUAGAGCACAGCCUUGUUAAUACUGAAAACAAAAUCAGGAAGAAGAGAAAGGCAAAACACUAAUGAUAUAUGCUGUUAUUAUUUUGAAAGUCCUCUCAGAUGAUGAAGACAAACUUCUUUCCCCGAAAAUAUACAUGUAUGGUUAUCUUUUUGUGAUAACAAUGUUUGUCUCUUUGUUUUGUAGCCUAAACCUGCCCCAGCUCCAGCCCCAAGUCCACCUGUAUCCACGCCCCAGGUGAAAAACAUAACAAACAUCCAUGCUGUUAAAUGAUAUAUUUAAUGAAUACACCAGGACUUUGGUGGGGUCCCUGGAAAAACUCAUUCCGCGUACCCCUUUUAUUGGGGUGUCUCUCCAAGUUGGUCAUCUGUGGUGUAGGUGUAUGUUGCGGUUCAAUAAUAUUGCAUCCUUGGUUUAAAUUUUAUUUUAUUUUGUUUUUGGGUAUGGUAAUGUACAUGUAUGACAAUGCGUUUGAAACAAAGAAAAUAAAAUUUAAACCAAGGAUGGAAUUGAACCACAAUUAGUACACUGUACUUUUCAGCUACAUGUGUGAUGUGGGUUUUCAUGGCUCUUCUCAAGUGGCUUCCUAAAUCUUUUUUUUUGUCAAUUUCUGGGCAUCCUGGAUUUUGUACGCUUUGGGCUCUCAACAAUUUUUUCCUCUUGGUGAUCGAUGCUUUCAGAACUCCUCCCCCCCUAAAUUCGAUUAUAGAAAAAACAAACCAAAACCAUGUGAAAGUACAGCUGACAAGGUUUUAUUUCAAUGAUUACUUUUCCACAAAAGUUAAACUUCAACACAUUUCUCUAUAAUUGACUAAUUAGCAAUUUGUAAACUGUUGUGGCUGAUGUUCUUGUUUUGUAGCCAACACCUGUAGCAGCAACAGACAGUUCAUCAAGAUCUACUGAUGAUACAAAGUCUGAAAGGUAAGAUAUCAGGGAGGGCUUGACUGUUAGCUGGCCUCUUUGUCCUUCCCCUUGGACAACAAGUAUAAUGAAACCUAUAUUAAGCAGACAACUAGUUUUAAGAACAACAACAACCAACCAUUUUAUUUGCCAAGUUAAAAAAAAUGUCUACAAGAACAGGAUAAAUUAAAGUAGAUCAGGAAAAAACUACCCAGAAUUGCAAAAACUAAAUGAGCUGAGUAGUUACAAUAAUCAAAUGAAAUUGCAUUCUGUUGGGUUGUGACACACAAAAGAUAAAUGGUAAAAUAAAUUAAAUUUAGGAGGUUGAACAAAUAAAAAUUAAUGAAAAUAGAUAGUUAUUGUCACUAGGGAAAACGCACACAAAAGCCUAAAUUAACAGCAAUGCACUUCUCAGUGUUUGCUGCGUGGCCCAGGGGAAUAUGCAGCAUACCCACAGACCGUGUGCGUUAAUUUAAAGGCCACCUGCAUGCUAAUUCAGCCAGUUCUAGUUAAGGUUAGAUCUCUGAACCCUCGCAAGCAGUUCUCACCCCACCCUCCUCUCCGCAGCAAUGUACUAUUAUUCUCUCCUGGUUCACCGACUCACAAAGCCUCUGGCCAAUUCUCCCACAUCUUAUGCAUUUAGGUUCAUUUAGCUUUGUGUGUGGGUGUUGCUGGUGAGAAUAUAUUACUAUACGAAUAAAUAAACAAGUAGUGGUCCACCAUGACCACCUAAGAACUCUUGCAGAAAACAAUACAGUACAUCUAGGCUGCGGCAAUGGGAGCCAUUUUUUUCCUGUGGUGAGCUAAUGUGUGAACAAGCUCCAAAUGAGCUUUCUCAUUGGGUAAAACACUAUUUGGUGUUUUCUUUUACCACAGACUUUGCUCCAUUUUUCUCUUGAACGAGGUGUAGAAAUGGAACCCAUUACUAAUAGACUUUCAUCCCAUCCGGGGGGGAGUAGCAGCGCUCCUACUUUGUGGCUGAAGUUAAUAGGGAAGUGCUCUUGCAGCAUCAGCCCCAGUUACUUGUAGUGCACCUUUAUUUUAGGUUUCUCUAAGAGCAGAGCCCUGCUAAUAGUCUUAUUGUAGCAUACUUUUAGGAAAAACUGAUUAUUUUGCACUUGGCAUUUUCAUUCCUAGUACUGAUGCUACACCUACCACUGCCGAAGAACCUGCCUCCACACCGACAGAAGCAGUGUCAACUUCGGAUCCGCAGUCAUGUACACAGCAAGCUGAGUCUACACUUGGUAGGUGGAACUUUUGUGGUUUUUACAGUAGUAGUAGUAGUAGUAGUAGUACAGUAGUAGGUUUUUAAAAGUGUUAAUUUGUGUUAGAGUUUUCUUAUCUUACCUUAGAGUUAGAAAAACUGAUAUUAACUAUUUUGUCAAAUAAUUAUGUUAUUGAUAAUAUUUCACAUCAUUUUGUACUACCCAAAACAGGGAGAUAGUACCCAUGAUAAUUUCUAUUUUCACAUUCAAGUUUUAAAAAUAAGACAUGUUGAAUAAUGGUUAUACACAGCACAAAAUGUAUCUUGUAUUAGUUCUUUAGUUAAAAAAGUGCCAUGAAGAUGGUAUGUAGCUUUGCAAAGGAUAAAAACUUUUGCCACAUGCAUCAGCUUAAGCUUUUAUACCUGAAACUGCCAAUUUAUUAUACCCCCCCCCCCCACCCAACCCACUUGUAAGCCUCCUUGUAUUUACAAGUCCAGGGCUUAUAAUUGGAUGUUUAUAGUAUUUGUUCAUUGUUGUGCGGAUACAUGGCCAAACACUCAGAGAAUGUAUUUCCUUUUAGUGAAAAUACUUUUGCAUAUACAGUGGUUAGUGUCUUCAGUGUACAUGUAUUGCAUUCCUUUUUUCAGUCACUGGUGCUGCAUAUGAAACCAUGGUUAUAGAGUUAUGUAGUUUGGGAUUUGAAAGAGACCAGGUAAGAUUUGACAACACACAAAGCUAGCUGUUUUGGUUUGAGCAAAUCCUACUUUACAAUAACAAUGAUUGUCAUUUGCUGUCUCAUUGGCAUGUGGUAAUAAUCGUUUUUUUCUGAUUAUGCGUCCUGAAAAAUAACCUCUGUAAGUAUUGAAAUAUCAUAGCCAAAUUAUGUACGCUGAGCGCAACAUACCAAAGUUUUAGAUUCUCUAUAACACUAUUUUGUUUUCUUUAGGUUGUACGAGCUUUACAAGCUAGUUUCAACAAUCCUGACAGAGCCGCUGAAUACCUAAUGACUGUGAGUUUCUUUUAGUAUAAUACUAAUUAAAUACUAACAAUAACCAAACAUUAGGGAGUGAUGGCAAGAGCAACCAAAGGCCAAAACACUCUUGCUCCGACAUACAUACAUACAUAUAUGUACAUGAGUGGGUCGCCUUUUUGGUGGCCUAUGGAACAAGUUUGCAUUUAACACCCAUGCACUCAGGAUUUGAGUAGUUCACCUACUGGUCUGCAGUAGGGCAUUGUCUUGGCUUUGCCGGUGAAUAUCAAACUGAAUUACAUACCUACAUACCUACACUUUCUUGGGAUUCCUCUACAGCUGUAUAUGGGGCUAUUCUGUCGUAAUAUACAAAAUAAAAAAUAUGCACAAAAUUACAAUGGAGCAAAAAUAUUUACAUGUGUUAUGAAAAGAAAUAUUUACAUGAGUUAUACGGUUAUUAGGUAGUAGUUAUUAGUCAGGUAAAAGUUAAACUUUUACCUAAGUUUCAUGUGAUAGAAGGUCAAAGCACACGUGAUCAGAUUACAAGUGAUAGAAGUGUCAAACACUUGUGAUGAGACUGUGUUCUAUGCAUUCCAUUGUUUGUUAGUGGAAGUCCAAGCAAGUGCUGGCUCCAUACCUGGCAUGCAUGAAUAAUAGCAAUCUGAUGUUUAGGAUUGCAAGCUCCUAUGAAUACUUAAUUUAGUGUUUUGGUCAGCACUAAACUUACGUGGUCACUUGGAGUGCAGAUGAGUUAAAUGUUUUUUAACACCUGAAGGGAAAUUUUGUAUCUCUUUUCAGCCAUGUAAUACCCUCUAUAAUUUAUAUUAAUUUUGUGUUUUGCUUAGGGGAUACCUGAUUUGCCGGCAGAGCCCCAAGCUCCAACUGAACAUAGUGAAUCACAGGGUGAAGGAGAAGGAGAGGCAGCCCCAGCCUCAGCAGGUCUACUUACUGUGUUCAUUUACUAUGAAAGCUUAAAAUUAACAGCGAACAGGAGCAUCCUCGACUUUAUUUAAAUAUUAUUUGCAUUGGAAAAAUAAUAUCAACAAGUGCCUGAUUUACAGGCAGCAGUGCUUUAUCCAGACAGAUAAGUCAGUCACUUAGUAUAGACCUUUUCCAGUGAAGAUGGCUGAAAAUUUAAAUUAAGCUUAAGGUAAUCUCGUCAACAAGUCCUCCCUUUUCCAGCCAUUUUAAAAGAGGGUCUUGCAGCACCAUUUAAGGUUGAUCUAGACUCAAUUCUCAAUGCUUGAUUCCUUGGUGUCAGUCGUUGAUGGAUGACAGAACGCUUCCAAAGUCAGGAGCUUUGGCAUGAAUUUAACGCUGGUGGGGCACAUCUGAGAAGAGAAAGGCAUGAGCCAAAAGCGACCUUAAAAAGAGCCGAUGAAGCAAUUUGUUUAGUGUUAGCUUGUAAACUUAACUGUGCAGUUGCCAGUUGUAAGUCAUCACAGUUACCUGAAAUGAAUAAUAUUGAACAUUUCCAGUGUCUGCCUAUAACAUUUCUUUCUUUUUUCUUCAAGGAGAAAGUGGCAUUGAGUUUUUGCGCAAUCAACCUCAAUUUCGGGAACUCAGACGACUAGUUCAACAAAAUCCCCAGACCUUACCACAACUUUUACAACAAAUUGGACAAGACAAUCCGGAGCUACUGCAGGUACAAUGUAUAGUAACACUUCUAUUCAACUUGUGGUUUUGGUCCCUGGAAUUGUACAAUGAUGGGUAUCACACACAGGUCUUGUGUGGGUCUUGAAAUUAUUGUUUUAGCAAGCCUUGGAUUUUUUAUUGUUAUAAUAAAGUAUUAUUGCAUAAAAAGAAUAAUAAGAGUAUUAUUAAUUUAUUGUCAUUAUUUGUACGUUCUGGUUGUUUUUGAAAACCUUGGGCGCUUUCCAUUUAGGAAAAAAACCCGGAAAUUUCGGUGGUAGCAAAAGUGGAAUUUCCGAUUGGUAAAAAGUUGUUCCAUUUGGUCGUAAACCCCGGUACGUGGAGGUGCCCGACCAUGGACCUGGAACUGGUACAAACUACGAGAAACGUAAAUGGAACACGAGAUUCCGUUCGGAAAUUCCACCCGGGAAAACAGGACCACCUUUUUAGAUUUUCCACUUUUUCUGGGAAUUUUCCAGUGGGACGAACCGACGAAACGUGUUCCAUUUACCGCCGAACCAGAAAUUCCGGAAAUUUUGAGUAAAUGGAAAGCACCCCUUGAGACGUCCUGGAAGUUUUUGAAAAUCUUGGCAAAUCCUAAAAUUUUCUAUUGUAUCCUAAUCAUGGAAGCUGGAAGGGUUGAAAGAUUGAGGCAAAGUCAUCUUUUUGCUUGUUUGUUUGUUGUUUUAGACCAGCUUCAAUGUCCAUAUUUUAAGUGAAUAAUAAUAUUAAACAAAUUCAAAGGGGAGGUUGUUUUCUUCACGAAAGAUAAAUGAAUAUGAAGGAGAAAAUAAUGUCUCGAGAAUUGGUUUGUUUCAAAGCAAAGCAAAGGUUGUUUUCUCUUCAUGAACAAUCAAUGAAUUUGAAAAGGGAAAAAUGUCUUGAUAAUAGUAGUUUGUAUAGCCUGCGAAAACAUCCGUUUCUCCUCGCUCUUCGCCACGGGGGACGUUUUGCACAGACGAACGUCUACGACUCAGCGACAGAAAUUCCAUAUUGAUAACGCAAAUCAAUGUUUAGAUAAUAAAUCCGGUAGUCAGGGGGUUCCAAAUGUAAAUUUGUCCAAUUUUACGUGUCUUGUGGUCAAUUUUGGAAAAGUGUUGUGUUCAUCUACCAACUAGCUCCAGGAAAACUCCAAUGCUUCUUCUAGAGAAGACUAUAUUACACAAAUAUUGACUGUUUUGUUAGAGAUUCUUCGCGUUUACAUUUGACGUUUGUGGCCUUUUGUCUUUUGUCUGUCAUUCAUAAACGAUAACUAAAAACAAUGUAACUACUCCGUCGACCAAUCAGCACUUCUGACCAGAUUCCAGACAGAUUUUACCUCAUCAGUAUGGAAUUUCUGUCGCUGAGUCGCAGAUGUUCCUCCACGCAAAACGUCCCCAGCGGCGAAGAGCAAGGAGAAACAGAUGUUUUCGCAGGGUAUAGUUUGUAUUUUCAUGAACUAAAUGAGAAACUUGUUGUGAAUAUUCCACAGCUUAUAAGUCAACACCAGGAGGAAUUUAUAGCCAUGUUAAAUAGUCCCAACGAACCUGGUGAUGCUGCUCCACGCGUAGGAGCUCCGUCAGCACAGGGCAGACCAGGCCAGGAAAGACCAGAAAUGGUUCUUAAUGUCACAGCACAAGAAAAAGAAGCUAUCGAGAGGGUAGGAGAAUGUGUUAUUUUUGUCAUAACAGUGCUCCAAAAAAGUACUGUCCAGUCGUCUGGCACAUGCAGUCAUUUUUGCUGGGCAAGUAACUUGUAACCUUUUAAUUCCCAGGAGUGACCAACAUCAGUUUCAGUAUAUUAUAAUGAAGUAGAAAGGUUAUGAGACUUAAAGAAAUAUGCUUUGAUCUUUUAACAAAUUCUCUCAACCAAUUUUUCAAGGACAGUAUGCAGGCCAGUGUGGAGAAUUUGUAUGUUGAUCUUGGGGCUUAAAGGGUAAAAGCUUACUUGCCAAGUGGGCAGGGGUCCAAGUAAAAAAUCAUCAACUAAGAUGAGCAAGAAGUGAGAGCAAAAUGUGAGAGCUGCUUGCUUAAAGGACAAGCUGGAAUUCAUUGUUUUUAGCCCUGCUUGCUGUGUUUUAUGAGGUAAUAAAGCAUAACCCCACGACUAAGUUAUGCACGGACUGUUUAGGCAGCCAGUGCUGGCUAAUGUUAGCGCCAUAAACUGUUGUUGUAACGUCAAAAAUCAAGAGAACUUUCGUGUCUAUCCUCCAGGUACAUUAUUUUUAACAUUGCAUAGUUGUUGCAGUUUCUUCACAGCUCAUCGCAGGAUAAUUAUUGUUCUUCCCAAGUUUGUUGAGGUUUUCAUAGAUCAACCAUUAAUCGAACCUUGUUCCCAGGCUCCCUCUCUCACUCCAGUGGACGAGUAGGAGAGGAACCUGGGAACAAGGUUGCCAUUAAUCUUACAUGUAAGUUGUUAAAGGCGCAGUCACAGUGGGAUUUCACCAUGAACUUGUGCCUGGAAAUUAGAAUUGAUGGUCUGAAAAGAGGCUUUUUCAGUUAAAAAUUUUGAAUGUAGAAAUGGUUAUGAUUUUCAUCUUGGUUAAUCUUUUUCAGCAGAAGGCAAUGUGUUAAGUUCUGUUUAUUUCACCUCCUUUUAAUGCUUUCAUAAUUAUUUUUAUCCACAGCUAAAAGACCUUGGAUUUACGGAAGCUUUAGUCGUCCAAGCCUACUUUGCUUGCGAUAAGAAUGAACAACUGGCUGCGAACUUUCUACUUAAUACAAGAGAUGACGACUAAAAUAAUCUUUACCUUAAAGUCUUUUUGUUCAUUUGGCCAUAUACUUCAUUUUAGUAAAAGGUUCACUGUUAACUGGAAUGACUGAAAAGGAGCUCUUCUGUCUCCUUAGUUGAUUUUGUAUUUUGCUGGCUCAGUAGAGAGUGUAAUAGUUAUAUUAAAUUUGCUUUAUUUAUGAUAAUUGAAAUAAUUAUCAUAUAAUGAUAGCAAUUUUAGUUUUCUGAUAAUGAUUGUGAUACAGUUUGGCUAUGAAAACAUCACUGUCUUAACUGCUCUCAACUUUUAUGUUGUCAAUAAUGGAGAGAAACUACUCUAGCAUAACGGAUUUUCCAGUCUUGUUCAUAAGAGUAGUAUUAUAUAGAGUAUCAGUACCAGUAAAAUCCGGUCUAGUCUGCUACACAGCCGUUUUAAGUGUCGUCACGCAACGCUCCUCCCCACUAGCGUUGCGUGACGACACUAAAAACGGCUGUGUAGCAGACUAAAUCCGGUCGGGCUGAGAUUAAAGGUAAAAAAACAAUUUGUGUCACAAUUGUGUCACGU